AGGCUUGCAGUCACGGUAAUCAAUCAUGCCUCGAACUCAAAAGCCAGCAGGUAAAGCAAGACACGAUCCUUUGUACGUCCAGCUCGGCGAGGACGAACUACAAGCAAAAUAUGGUCGCUUGUCUCAGCCCGGAAAACGCAAAAAAUCUCGCAAAAGCAGUGGAGAUGACGAUGAAAAUGGAGAGACCAUCCUAGAUCCAAAGACUUCCAAACGCAUAUUUGAGCUUGCAAAGGAUCAGCAAGAAGAAUUAGAAAUGCCGGAAGACGAUGAAGUAGUCGAGGAGGAGGAAGAUGAAAAACUCAAGCAGCCAAGAACACGACCCUUGGCCGAUCAAGAUGACGAGAGCGAAGGAGACUUUGAAAAUGAUAUGGAUGAUAACGAAGACGCGGAAGAAAUGUUUCAAAUCGACGCAGGUGACAUGGAAGCAUUGGAUGCAAUGUUACCAGCAAAUGCCGGAGAAAGAAAAACAUUGGCAGACAUCAUAUUCGCCAAGCUCGAGAGUGGGGAAUCGGGUGGUGCGGCUGUAAUCCAAAAGAUACAUCAAGAUAAGGACAGACCUGAUCCUGCUUUGGGGCUUGAUCCAAAAGUUGUUGAAGCAUACACCAAAGUUGGACUCUUCCUCUCAAAAUAUAAGUCUGGGCCCCUACCUAAAAUAUUCAAGGUUAUUCCAUCAUUGCCCGCAUGGGCUCGAAUGCUAGCUAUGACCCAUCCUGAGAACUGGACACCACAUGCUUGCCGGGCAGCAACUCGAAUCUUCAUAUCAAGCAUUGCUUUUUUCAAAGGGAUUGUGUUCCCAAUGUUAGAUAGUGGGUGCAGCUUGAAGGAAGCUGCAAUCAUCGCUUCUAUUUUAGCGAAAAAAAAGGUUCCAGUGUUACAUUCUUCAGCAGCGUUGAUGCGUAUUGCCGAAAUGGACUAUACCGGACCCAAUUCUUUAUUCAUUCGUGUACUUAUAGACAAAAAGUAUCAGCUGCCAUACAAAGUGGUUGAUUCCCUGGUAUUCCAUUUUAUCCGCCUCUCCAAUACUUACAAAGCCCGUGGCCGCGGUGACUCCGAGAAACUACCUGUUUUAUGGCAUCAGAGUCUCCUAGCUUUCUGUCAGAGAUAUUCUCCUGAUUUGACUCCGGAUCAAAAAGAUGCUCUCUUGGAUGUAAUACGAGUAAAUCCUCAUGCACAGAUCGGUCCAGAAGUUCGGAGAGAGUUGGUGAACUCAGUGGCUAGGGGAGAGCCACGACCAGAUGUACCUCAAGACGUCGAUAUGUCAUGAUCUUGAUCUCGUAUUACUUGCUUCUACUGGAAUUAUACCCUCAGAAAUUCUCAGGGGCAAUUCCACGCCGCGGCCCGCUUUACAUCUCA